GUUCGCACGCGCUCUAGAGCGGCAGUGGAGAUUUCCGCGCGCCAGUUGAUGAAAUAGAUUCUCUGGAGCAGUUUCGAAUCGGUUUCUCUACUGUUGGCACCAUACAGCCGCUAACCAUCUUUACAAACUUAACUACUAAGUAGUCUAGCCCAUCUUGGAAACUGCAGUUCUUAGACUACAGCUUUUACGCGUUGGAAGCUUGGAAGAAAACUUAAACUUCUGUUUUCUCGUUUUUUUAAUGCGGUUACAGUUAAAUAUGCAAGCUUAUGUCGCUUGGAUUCUCAUGUAUGGAGUGACAGCAGGAACUUCAUUCAACGUCUCGGAGGAGAAGACAAACUGCCCCCUAGGAUAUUUCCCUUGUGGCAACCUGAGCAUGUGCCUGCCCCAGCUCAUGCACUGCAAUGGUAUCGAUGACUGUGGAAAUGAAGCGGACGAGGAGAACUGUGGAGAUAACAACGGAUGGCCCCAUCUUUUUGACAAGUAUUUUGGGAUGCCCAUCAUCGACAUCGGGACGAAGUCCGAUAAAUGCUUGCUGGGGGCUGUUCCAGAGUCGUGCCAGUGCAGAGACCUGGAGCUGGACUGUGACGGCGCACAGUUUCAACAUGUCCCAGCAGUGUCCAUUAACGUCACCAUGAUGUCACUGCAAAGGAACCGACUCCGGAUAUUGAAUGGUGACAUAUUCUAUAAGUACCAGAAUCUUCAGAAAUUAUAUCUACAACAUAACAGAAUCCGAGCUGUGAGCCCUAAUGCAUUCAGAGGACUGUACAAUCUAACAAGACUAUAUUUAAGCUACAACAAGAUAUCCAUCCUGAUGCCUGGGGUGUUCCAAGAUCUACACAAACUGGAGUGGUUGAUCCUUGAAAACAACAGUAUCCAUCAGAUAUCCCCCACAACCUUUUCAGGCUUGCGCUCCUUGGUACUCCUGGUCUUGUUGAACAACGCUCUGACAAUGCUGGAUGACAUCUGCCUGGAAAUGCCAAGACUUAACUGGCUGGACAUGGAGGGGAAUCAAAUCGAAAGUGUCGGAAACGUAACAUUCUGGUCAUGCAACAUGAUGACUGUGCUCGUCCUACAGAGUAACAGAAUCAGUCACAUACAUGAACAGGCUUUUUCAUUUCUGCAAAAACUUGGGGAAUUAGAUCUGUCCAGCAACAGACUCCUGGCAAUCCCUCCCAAUCUCUUUGUUCAUCUGGGAGAUUUACUACAGCUAAACAUCUCGUAUAACCCUAUCGCGGAUCUGCAAAUUGACCACUUUGAUAAUUUGCAUAAAUUGAAAUCAUUGAGCAUAGAGGGAAUUGAGAUAGGGAACAUACAGCGAAGGAUGUUUGAACCACUCAAACACUUGACCCAUAUUUACUUUAAGAAGUUCCAGUACUGUGGGUACGCCCCUCAUGUGCGCAGCUGCAAGCCCAACACGGACGGUAUAUCCUCCUUCGAGGACCUCUUGGCCAACAUCGUCCUGAGGGUCUUCGUCUGGGUGGUGUCGGCCACCACGUGCUUCGGCAACAUCUUUGUCAUCUGCAUGCGCUCCUACAUCCGAUCGGAGAACAAGCUCCAUGCCAUGUGUAUAAUCUCCUUGUGUUGUGCCGAUGGCCUGAUGGGUGUCUACCUCUUCAUGAUCGGCGCCUAUGACCUCAAGUUCCGCGGCGAGUACAACCGCCACGCCCAGGCCUGGAUGGACAGCGUCCAGUGUCAGGUGAUUGGCUCCCUCGCCAUGCUCUCUACUGAGGUCUCCGUCCUGCUGCUCACCUACCUCACCCUGGAGAAGUACAUUUGUAUCGUCUACCCCUUCCGGUAUCUAACCCCGGGCCGCCGGCGCACCGUCUCCAUUCUCCUCAGCAUCUGGUUUAUUGGCUUCGUCAUCGCCUUCCUCCCCCUGGUCUUCAAAGGAUUGUUCCGGAACUUCUAUGGUACCAACGGCGUGUGUUUUCCGUUACACUCGGAGCAGCCCGAGACGACAGGGGCGCAGGUGUACUCCAUCGUCAUUUUCCUGGGCCUGAACCUGGUAGCAUUCCUUAUAAUCGUAUUGUCUUAUGGGAGUAUGUUCUACAACAUCCAGAGGACAGGGACACAGACGACUAAAUAUAGUAACCAUAUCAAGAACGAAGUGACCAUAGCCAAGAGGUUCUUUUCCAUCGUCAUCACAGACUCCCUUUGCUGGAUACCCAUCUUUGUCCUCAAGAUUCUAUCGCUGUUGCAGGUGGAGAUUCCAGGAACCAUCAGCUCCUGGGUGGUGAUCUUCAUCCUGCCCAUCAACAGUGCCCUCAACCCCAUCCUGUACACCUUGACCACACGGCCAUUCAAAGAGACCAUCCUCCAGGUGUGGGCCAACUACAGGCAGAGGAGACCACUAAUGAGCAGCCACCCAGCCCACCACCCCUCAUUGACGUUGCAGGAGAUGUGGCCACUCCAAGAGAACAGCCAGACUCUGACUUCGCCCGGCGACAACCUGACGCAUCCCUUGGAAAUGUCCUGCACAAUAUCGUGCACAUCAGGCACGUCUCAGCCACUGGCUGUGGAAAGUACAAACCCCAAAUAAUGCCCUUCAGGUUCAACAAUUUGCCCAGCAGAGAGGGGGGAACGGCUUGAAUCCCACGCAGGUCUUUUUUUUUAUGCCGACGUUUCAUGUGCAAUGGUAUGUUUACAGCAUGUUGAUUGUAGAGUAUAUCAAAAAUUUUCUCUGUGAUUUAUACAGACAUCAAAGGAGCUCAUUGGUACACUUUGGACUAUGUGCCGUUCUAUUCUGUUGAGGAUUAGACCUUGACUUUGUUCAUGCUUUCAGUUCCAUGUGAUUAUUGACACACUUCUAUGAUUUAUGGUUAUAAGAAAAAACAUCAAUCAUUCCCAUAAGCAUCCAUUUAUGUAAAGUCCAUCACUCUUUAUGUACAGACUAGACUGUACAGAGUGUUGUAUAUAAUAAAUUAAUCACUGCCAUUCUCUGUUCUGGAAUGCAAUGUUUUGUCAUGUACAGCACCAGUCAAAAGUUUGGACACACCUACUCAUUCCAGGGAUUUUCUUUUCUACUAUUUUCUACAUUGUAGAAUAAUAGUGUCGACAUCAAAACUAUGAAAUAACACAAUUG